AUGAUCCACCAUAUGCCUCACGCGCCGUUAGCGAACAUGUACUCUAAUGUGACACUGGGUCCCACUUCUCUCAUGCGCUCCCGGUCACACGAAGACAGAUCUCCAACAUCCAUUGGAUAUUCAUCUUUUCUUAUAGACGACAUAUUAGGCAAAUCUCGACCACUAAUUCCCAUAUCCCAUUUAUCAGCGUCACAAAAGUCACCACCAUUGUCGUCGAUACUGACUCCGCCAACGAACAUUUUGUGCACGUCUUCUUCACUUUCAUCAGCAGCAGUCAGUAACAGCGGCCACCAUCAGCGAGCGCAACUUCUGGCGCGAUCAUCUUCCAUGAACCACUCUUUCACAGAUGCCGCCGAGUCGCGGAUGAAGGUCACGCCUGCAGCAUCUCAUCCAGGUGGUUACCUGCAGAAACCCAUGGCCAUCUUUGAGCCGACCAUAGUUCAGCAGGCGUACUUGAACUCUCACUUCAAUUACCACAACGCCUAUAUGAACCACGUCUACACGGUUCCAUUUGACAGACCCGAAGUCCCGUUCCUGGACAGACAAGAAUUCACAAAAGUUGGUCCAAAGCAAUGGCACAUCUGGAGCCCGUUUCUCCAACGACCUCUCCACAAAAGAAAAGGUGGUCAGGUUAGGUUUUCCAACGAUCAGACGGUGGAGCUGGAGAAAAAGUUCGAAGGACACAAGUACUUGAGUCCUCCAGAGAGGAAGAAGCUGGCCAAAGCCUUGCAACUUACAGAGAGACAGGUAAAAACCUGGUUUCAGAACAGACGAGCGAAAUGGCGGCGAUUGAAACAGGAGUCGCCUGCAAAUGAAUGCCAGUUUCAAGGCGACCACUCAGAGAAAACCCUCAGCCAUGACCACUCGACGAUGCACGCAGAUCAUCAUAACGGCAAUUUGUCUGACGAAGCAGCCGAAGACGACGAUGAAUUUGAGCACGAAGAUGAUAUAAACUUGACAGAUGAUGAAAUUGAGGUGGUCGACGAAAAAGUUACAUAUUAUCAACGGUAG